CGAUCUCGUUGUGUCGACGAGAGCACCUGUUGAUGCCUUCACCUACUCUUCCUAUAGAGCUAUGGCUCCAAAUAUUCCGCUGGGCGACAUUAGAUACAUGGACGCAUGCGUUGUACGCAACCGACUAUAGUCCAUUCGAGGCUAUCAACGUGAACAUCGGAACGGCCGAGAGCCGUUACACCAAACGCGCCCUUGUCUUCGUAUGCAAGCGGUGGAGAAGAUGGGCGACACCUCUUCUAUACGAGGAUAUCUUCAUUCCUCGUACGUACCCCUCGCUCUACCGCAUGCUCCGCUAUGGCGAAGAUUGGGGAGACGGGUUCAUAAUCCCGCCCUGCGCAAACCUCGUCAAGCGAGCGCAACUCCCGUACUCAAGCACGGUAACCUCCUCCCCACUCGCCCUCAAUGCACUCAGCGUAAUCAAGCUGUGCACAUCCCUCGAAGUCCUCGUGCGGAUCGCAGACACGCCCUCCCCAGUCGCCUACGACUUUGCAACAGAUUGUCCCUCGCUUCCCUCUUUGAAACGAUUGGACUGGUGGCAUUCGAACGAAGCUGCGCGCAGCGGCGGUAUCAACUCUUUGGCACACGUCCUUGGUGUUGCUCCUAAUCUCACAUAUCUCUCCAUUGGCGGCGAGAUCUGGCCGAACUACCUGAACACCCCUCCCGUCCACCUCCCACACCUUACCACAUUGCGUUUCCGGCGCGUGAACGCAUUCUUCGUCCUCAAGCUCUGCCGAUGGCAACUCCCCUCCCUCGAGAACGUCCUCUUCGAUCACGUCCCUGGCCCGGAGCUGUUCUGGCCGCUAUGGGCCGCGUACGGUGGGCAAGUGCGCACGAUCGAGCUCGGGUUGAGCCUGAAGUUCUACGUGUUGGACUUCCUGGACUACAUCUUCGCGGGCUGCACGGGGCUCGAGAAGCUCAACUUCUACGUUCACUUCACCCACGUCGCACCUAUCAACCGUCCACAGGAGUCGCUCCGGAUCGUCGGAAUGCACGGGCACCCGAACUCGUUUUACCGUGUGGGUAGCGGCGAGUACUGGGCCCAUCUCGAGCGCCAUUUCCUGGCCUGGAGUCAGCCGGCUUUCCCGGCCCUCAAGACUGUUGUGCUGUAUGGGGAUUGGAACGCCGUUAUCAACGAAGAAGAAUUCGAUCGCGUUGCAAAGCCUUUACGUGACAAGGGGUGCACGAUAGAGGUCGCGCGGGAAACAUGACUGCGACGGAGUCUAUAAGUACGGUCGUUAAGCUAUACAUGAUGGGUAUGAGUACGGGGUAUGGGUCCGGGAUAUGAGGCCAUAUACGACUAUGUGAUCUAUCCGGGCGACGUGUGCGGCUAUCAUGUCUCUUCUAUACUGUACUCUAACUACUCGGCAUCCAGGUAUACAAACUAGUCAUAUCAAAUAGUUUGGUGGAGCAUGCUAUAUGGUUACAGGUAGAGCAUAGGAAGUGCAUACCACAAGAGGACAGACAUGCGAUGAGGUCGUCUCGGGACAUCGGACCGAUGGGAAGAACAACGACCGGGCAAAGCCAGAAUGCCCUUCAAGACUGGCGCCGCUCGCGGGAUGGCGGACUCGUGGGAGACAUUGGAAAAGGAUCAGCAGUACCAGGAGAGAUGGAGGGAGGAGGUGCGACACGGUGCUCGAGUUGAGUGAUCAGCUGAGGGAGCUGGUAUCUGGGGCGAUAGGAUCCAGCCACGAAAGUAGUUGGCCCAUGCGCUGACACGUCAGUCCAAGGCGGUGUGGGCUGUUGCAGAUGAGAGACGCUUCGGGUAUAUGGAGGGGGUGCUGAAUAAGGUGGCGGGGCUGCCACAUAGGAUGGGAACGGACGUCCGAUGAAAUGAGUUGUAUUGGUCGCGUGUGCCGCCGAGGAAUUCCGUGUGCCAGUGGGCCGUAUACCGCUCGUAGGAGUAGGCACUUGAUGUUGAGACUCGUACAUGCUAGGACGCUGAAUCGACGUCCUGACAGGCCGCUCGGGGGUCGAUGCAUAGAACUCUUCAUUGCGUCGGCGCCACUCAUCCUGCCGAGACUCGAGCUCCCGACAGGAAGGACAUAAGGCGUUCCUGGACUGGCAUGCAACGCCACGACUUUGCGGGGAAUUGUAGUCAUCGUAAAACUGCCGCCGGCAUCUUGGACAGACAGACAUCGUGCCCGUGUCGGGGGGGCGCCCAUUCCAGGAAGGGGGCACGUCAUACAGGAACGGCGGCCCUGCUACACCGAGGCAGGGCGACCCUGAAUUGGAUCGGCGCUCAGGAUCCAUAGAGAAGAUGAGGUCUGAACUGUGUCCGCUAGAGCUUCUCGCUGGAGUGUGAUGUCGCCAACGAUGUCCUUGACUGAAGUCCGAGUCGCCUUGCGAGGACCCGGAGUGUGCGCUACUACCUGGGGAGGGCGACCUUCUUCUGCCCGUAGGGAUCGGUCGCGACGUCGUCGUAUGGUACGAGGACAUCCGAUUUACUGCGAAAGUGGUAUUUCCUAUGGCAAACGGGCGGAAGGGACCGGGGGAGCUCGGGCAUCUGCCCUUGCCUUUCUGUCAUUCGCCCUCGCCCUCUCUUGCGGUUCCCAAAAC